AUGAGUUGGACCAUCAUCUCCGUGAGAGCCCCGGCGUACAUGGUCGAGGACUCGCACAACCGCCCCUUCCAUACAAGUGAAGAGCUUCCAUGGAUUGACAACGACACAGCCAUCGACAGCGAGGAUGGCACACCCGCACCUGGGCGUCCCCCGCCCGACGUGACCCUCUGCAUCACCACGAGGAAUUUCCCCAAAAACCCCGGCGUCGGCUUUGUCUUUGGCCGUGAUAGGGAGACCUGUGAUGUGCUCCUCCCCCCCGAGUGUCGAGGGAUCAGCAAGCGGCAGUUUGCCAUUACAUUCCGCACGGACUGUAGUGCCGUGAUACUGCGUAACCUCUCCAAACAUCUCACUUACGUCGAGGACGAGCUUGGGCCCAGACGGCUACAGACGCAGAUAAGUUUUGGCCAAGAUACAAUCAGGGUGCGUUUGUCCCAGCUCGAUAUAGAACUCACACGACCGUGGAGAGACGAUGAGAUUACGUCGCCACUUUACACUUCUUUCCUCGCCAAGCUUGAGGGGAUGCUGCCGAGCCUAGGGAGAAUGCGUCUCGCCAGCUCGACGGGCUCGACUAUGCAACCUUCAACUAGCCGAAGCCAGGAUGGCUAUAGACUAGGCGCCGUCCUUGGGCAUGGGAAGUCGGCGAUCGUCUACCGUGGGUCACAUAGGGAGACUGGCGAUAUCGUCGCGAUCAAGCGCUACGACCAGAGCAGCUCGGGGAGCGCCGAAGCAUGUAAAGAGCUUGGCAUACUUUCUACGCUAAAUCAUAAACAUAUUAUCAUAAUUCACGCCUUCCACUUUUGCAUUAGACAACAAGCGCAACUCAUCAUGGAGUAUGCCCCUCUAGGUAGCAUGGCAUGCCAGAGUAGGGCCCGGCGAUUCUUAUACCGCGAGGCACGCACGAUUUUUCAUCAGGUGCUACAGGCACUUAGCUACCUACAUAGCAAGGGAAUCACUCACCGCGACGUUAAACCGGACAACAUUCUCAUCAUAACCCGAGAGCCAAUACAUGCCAAGCUUGCCGAUUUUGCGCUAUCAAGCAACGCCAAGCGACCCAUGACAGUGUGCGGCACGGAACGCUAUACGGCGCCCGAGGUCUACCGGCCACCAUAUACGGCCAAGGUCGACAUCUGGUCGGUGGGCGUGAUGGUGAUGGAGCUGUGGAUCGGACUCCCCGACCAACCAAAGACCGCCGAGUAUGGCAAAUGGGCAGAGAUGCUUCGAACAAAUAGGCGAGAGACGGCAAAACCUGAGAUUCAGGAGCUCCUGGAUGCUUGCCUGCAGCUACAACCCACAGAACGGUUGUCAGCGGAGCAAUGCCUCAAGCUUGCCUUUUUCCGGAUGCUACCACAUGCAGCUGGUGCCACGCACGAGAUUGACGCUACGCGUAGUGCGUCACCAACAAAAGUCGUGGAUGGUCUUUUGGAAAGGGCGCCGUGUCACGCCAUCGAGGAUGAUCUACCAGAUACAGCGCCGUGUUUUACAGUCGAGGACGGACUACCAGAUACGGCACCGUGCCAUACAGAAAAGAGAACGAUCGCCGGUGCCUAUCUCAGGAUCAAGCCGAAACAACUCAACUAG